AUGUCUGGAAAAACAAUGGCUUCGAGGGUCGUCACUUAUGGACGAGGAAUAACAAAUACCACACCAUAUGGAAAACGUAUGGAAAGAUUAUCAAAUAGAAUAUUUAAUGAGUUAGUUACGCCGACAGAUUCAAAAUCAAUGAAAGUUAUUAGAAUUAUGUCAGCAGAACCACUAGAACAACAGGAACAAAAAUCUGUUUCUUAUUAUCCAAAUUUACCAAUGUUUCAUUAUCUUUCAAAAUUAUUAUAUCUUCAUGGUUUGUUUUUUGAUGAACAUGUAGUUUGGAGAAAAUAUCAAGAUGAAUUGAAACUUUUGAGGGCAAAAGUUGUUAAACCAGUUAUUGGAGAAGGUAAACGUGCUCAAUUAAGAUCCAAGAAAUAA